UCCGUUUUUUUCUCUGUGAUAUUCUAUUCGACCCCUUUUUCUCUCCUCCGGCGAUCUCCCUAUCGUAUCCUCUCUCCUCCGCCGAUCUCCGGUGGCGUUAUCUUUUCUCCACCGUCCGUACGCUUAGAUCCGUCGGCCGCUUCCGGCGAUCACCGAUCCUUCUUUUUACGUUAAUUUCAACUCCGUUUCAAUAUUUUUUCCCUAUGUUUAGAGCUUUUAGCCCUAAUUUUUUUUGGUACUUAUUCCGCCAAUUUUCGAUUCGACGAUUCUAGUCCGAGGGAAAAUCAUUUGGCGUUUUUACCCCUUACGUGUUCGUGUAAUUGACCGAUAUACCCUGGUAUCUGUUCACCACCGUCCACGUGGCGUCAUCUGGAAGCUAUCAAUAUAAGACGGAGAAAAAUGAGUCAUCAUCAUCAUCGCCAGCCCCACGCGCUUGGGAUUACGGCGACAGGCGCGUGUAGGAAACGCAAGGAGACCGACAGUGGGUUUCUUUGUUACAGUUACAGAGCCAUGAAGGAGCCGGAAUCGUCGAACUGGCUCUUGGCCGGGUACAUGGCCCACGAGUUCCUCGCCAAUGGCACGCUCCUCGGCCACAAGCUCGAGCCGUGUCGACCCGACGCAACUGGAGCAGCCUCCUCUCGGUUGCUCUGCGAUGGUGAAUCGGGUCGACCAGACCCAAUAAUAGCCGACCCGGGAAGGAAGCAGGCUAACCAGAGCUAUGCUGACGUGGCGAGUGUGCUGAAGAUAGAUGGGACCCACGUCCCCGGUGUGGUGAACCCUUCCCAACUUGCUAGGUGGAUCCAGAUGUGACGUGUCGACGUCGUUGUUAUUGUCAUUGUUGUUGUUGUUGUUACGUGUUUUUUUUUUUCAUUUCCGUUGUUUUUGAAUUGUUUAGAUUCAGUCGUAAAUUAGUAAAGAUCUGAUCCAACCAA